AUGCAUUGUUCGAGCAAACAGGCCAAUAAGAGGGAUCCUAUUAAGGGAUGUUACUAUUGCCUACUUCUGAUGGGAUACCACUUCAUCGUUUGCGAUGGCGCAGGCGUCCAGCUUGUCAGGGGGGCAAAGACAAGCAAGAACGAAGACAAGGCCACAAGUAACGCAGCCUCCCAAUCAUCGAUCAUGUCUACCAACCCCCCAAUCAGCACUCUAGCCAACGGCCAGCCGAGCGACAACCCCGGCUCCGUGCUGCAGGUCCGCUAUGGCAACACGAACGGAGGCCUCGUGGUCCUCAGCGACACGCAAACCAUUGAGAUCCUCGCCCACUUUGCGCGCGAGCGCAUUCCCGAGAGGAGUGUCCACGCCAAGGCCGCGGGCGCCUUUGGCGAGUUUGAGGUGCUCGACGACGUGUCCGACAUUACCGAUGCCAAGUUCCUGACGGGCGUGGGCAAGAAGACGCCCAUCCUGACGCGCAUGUCCACCGUGGGCGGCGAAAAGGGCUCGAGCGACACGGUUCGCGACGUGCGCGGGUGGGCGACCAAGUUUUACACCGAGGAGGGUAUCCAGGACUUUGUUUUCAACGACCUGCCCGUCUUCUUCAUCCGCGACCCCAUCAAGUUCCCGUCCAUGAACCGCUCGCACAAGCGCCACCCCCAGACCAAUGUGCCCGACAACAGCAUGUUCUGGGACUUUCAUGUCAACAACCCAGAGGGCAUCCACGCCUUGAUGCACCUGUUUGGCCAGCGCGGCAUCCCUGCUUCGCUCCGCAACAUUAGCGGCUACGGCGUUCACACGUAUACUCUCAACAAAGCGGAUGGCAGCUACGUCUACGUGAAAUGGCACUUUAAGCCCGACGACGGCGUCAAGACAAUGGAUGCCGGCACCGCUCUCUAUCUCGCGGGUGCCGAGCCCGACUACCACGUCAAGGACCUGUUCCAUGCCAUCAAGACGGGCAACUUCCCCAGCUGGACCGUCUACGUGCAGGUGAUCCGGCCCGAGGACGUCAGCUCAGCGCCAAUGGACAUUUUCGACAACACCUAUACCUGGCCGCACGCGCUCUACCCGCUGCGCCGCAUCGGCCGCUUCUCCCUCAACCGGAACCCCAACAACUACUUCCAGGACAUUGAGCAGGCGUGCUUCUCGCCGUCCAACAUGGUGCCCGGCAUCGGGCCGUCGGCCGACCCCGUGCUGCAGGCCCGCAUGUUCUCCUACCCCGACGCGCACCGCUACCGCGUCGGCCCCAACUACUUCCAGCUGCCGCCCAACAAGCCCAUCAACUGCGUGUACGCGCCGUACGUCCGAGACGGGCCUGGCACGAUGAACGGCAACUACGGCGCGGACCCGGACUAUGUCGGCUCGCAGCUGUGCCCCGUGUCGACGAGCAAGCGCGUCCAGAUGCCGACACACGAGGUGUGGUCCGGCAACGUCACGGCCUUUGCCACGCAGCUGGACGAGGAGCGCGACUUUGUGCAGGCAAGAGAGCUUUGGACCAUCAUCUGCAACCAAAAGGGAGGCAAGGAGCAGUUCCUGCACAACAUUGUGCCUACGCUGCAGGAUGUACCGGAUCCACUCCAGAGCAAGGUUUUGGAUUACUUGGGCAAGGUCCACAGUGAGCUCAGAACCCUAUUGAAGGAAGCUCUCUCCAAUUUCUUUCGAAGUGCCUCAGUAGAUAAAGACACCAAUUACGUACAACUGCUUGACCCUCGGUACUCUGGAAGCGUCGAGAGUCGUGACAACUUUUUGACUCGCGGUCGGCAUCAUAUCAACGCCCAGACCGCACAGACAAUUGUGCCUUUACCUUUACAAACAGCUCGCCGAAUCAGGGCCAGUGAGGCGUACGUGGGGCAGCAACCGGCGGUUCAAGACUUGGCCGUUGGCAAUGCGGAUGGACAGAACCCUAUCAAGGCCAGAGCACACGUUCACAGGCGACGGAGUGAUCCCGAGUCCCGAAUAAUGGGAUACCGGCGGAUGGGAUGCCGAGGAAUGGGAUACCGAUUUUGA